AUGGUAUCAUCAAGUGCAUCUGGCGUGUUGACUUUGCUUCACACGGCCUGUGGAGCUGGCAUCCUGGCCAUGCCAUAUGCUUUCAAGCCAUUUGGGUUAAUAUGGGGGUUCCUCAUGAUAAUAUUCUGUGGAUUGUGCUCUUUAAGUGGGCUCCUUAUUCAAGGGCGAGUAUCCAAAUACGCGGAGACAAGAACUGCAUCAUUUUUCGCCUUGUCACAAAUAACCUACCCACAGCUAAGUGUUGUUUUUGACCUGGCCAUUGCUGUUAAAUGUUUUGGCGUGGGAGUAUCAUAUUUGGUGGUAGUGGGCGACCUAAUGCCACGCAUAUUUGAUGCCUUUACCUCACAUAGUCUCCUUUUGAAUCGUAACUUUCAUAUUUCAAUGGUCAUGCUGUUUAUUGUAUCUCCGCUGUGUUUUAUGAAACGACUAGAUUCUUUACGUUACGCGUCGAUGAUAGCCAUCUCGUCCGUUGCAUAUCUGUGCGUCUUGGUGGUAAUUCAUUUCGGAUGGCCAUCGGAGGAGAUUCACGCUAUUCGAGGUGAAGUCAGCGUAGGAAAACCGGCGGGUCCAAUUUCAGCUGUUUUCAGUUGUUUUCCUAUUUUUGUGUUUGCCUAUACUUGCCAUCACAACAUGUUUUCGAUCAUCAACGAGCUUCGCGAAAACACCACGUCCACUAUCUACAAAGUUUCUGCGGUUUCUGUGUUUUGCGCAAUGAGUUUAUAUUUGGCUAUUGGAGGUUGCGGAUACGCAACUUUUGGAAGCAAUGUGGCAGGUAAUAUCAUCACCUUGUACCCACAGUCCGCGGCCACUAUUGUUGGGCGUAUUGCAAUAGCGCUUCUAGUAAUGCUGGCGUUUCCUUUACAAUGCCAUCCGGCUAGAGCGUCUAUCGAUCACAUACUUCAUUUCAUCAAGGACAAAACUCAAGACGCCUCCGCCGGCUCUGAAGAGUCGCAACUUAUUGUGCCCACUCCAGAAGAUGUUCUUGUGGAAGAGGACAGCCCACAACAGCGCGCAGUCGUGCCUCUUGAAGGAAAAAGGUUCGUGGCGAUUACAACAGGAAUUCUGGUUUUCUCAUAUCUACUGGCAAUAUCUGUGACUUCCCUGGCCCGAGUAUUGGCCGUCGUUGGGGCCACAGGCUCGACAUCCAUAUCUUUUAUUCUACCUGGGAUUUUUGGCUACAAAUUAAUUGGUUCUGAAUUUAAGUCCGGUCAGAUUCCAAAGUCUACAAAGUGGUUCAGAAGACUUUCUCUACUCUUGGCCUGCUGGGGUGUUGUCGUACUAGUAACAUGUCUCUCAGCGACAAUUAUUUUAGGAGCCAAUCAUUAG